CUCGUGACCUCCUCCCUCUUUCUGCUCUCUUGCCUGCUAAUAAUUUCUUGAUCCAUAUUCAAGAACUCCCUUUAUAAUAUAUAUUUAUAUAUGCGCACCCUCCUUGAGUGUUACAUAUAAUUGCAUCCCACUAAAAUGGGGGAUUUGCCACCUGGUUUUCGCUUCUACCCUACAGAAGAAGAGCUUGUCUCAUUCUAUCUCCAUAACAAGCUUGAAGGCAGGAGGCCUGACCUCAACCUAGUCAUGGACAGAAUUAUACCAGUUCUUGAUAUAUAUGAGUUCAAUCCCUGGCAACUCCCACAAUUUGCUGGAGAUCUAUCGAAUAGAGACCCAGAGCAAUGGUUUUUCUUCAUUCCAAGGCAAGAGAGCGAAGCUCGAGGAGGAAGACCAAAGAGGCUUACAACCGCGGGAUACUGGAAAGCUACGGGAUCUCCUGGUCAUGUUUAUUCUAACAAUCGCACCAUCGGCAUGAAAAGAACCAUGGUUUUCUAUAGGGGAAGGGCUCCUAAUGGACGCAAAACCGAUUGGAAAAUGAACGAGUACAAAGCUAUUCAAGGAGAAUCAUCUUCUUCCUCAUCUACUGCUGCAUCUCCAACGUUAAGGCAUGAAUUCAGCCUGUGUCGGGUGUACAAGAAAUCAAAAAACACGCGAGCAUUUGAUAGAAGGCCACUGGGAGUUGAUGAAAUGAGAGGCCAUCAAGCAGCAGCUGCUAUUAUUCAAGGUGAUGAGGCAACAACAUCUCUUCAAAACCCUCCAAUGGUGCUGGAGAGACCAAACUCAACUGAGAGUUCAUCCUCUGAAGAACAUGCCACAAAUAAUCCGCCUCAAACAGGAGAAACUAGUAGCAUCCCUAUGUCUAUUGAUACUCAACCACCUUCUUGGGAUUGGGAUCAACUAGACUGGUAUUAUGGAGGACAAAAUUAAUUAACUUGCACCUCAAAAUAUUAAUAUAAGAAAGUGGUGUGCAUAGCUGCAGCUGCAGCUGCUCCUUAUAAUUAAGAAUAAAAGGUCUAGUCUUUUAAUUA